AUGACACUAAAAACUCUCCAAAGAAAACUUCUCCGAGAAGAGACUUCGUUGCAAGAGACGAAGACUGAACUAGCAAGGUUCAAAGAGCAGCAUUCCUUCCAGAUAACGUCCCUGAGAGAUGAGGUCAGGGGCCUGCAGGAGCUUAUCACUUCCCUAGCCAAAAUUAAGGCUUUGAAAAAUUCCAGUAUUCAGAGUCUUGAAAGAGGCAACUGGAACCUAACUAAACGAGUUACAGAACUAGAAAACCUUCUAAGAGUACAUCUGGCUGACAGAGAAAAAGCACAGCGAAGAGCAGACUUCCUGGUGAACAGGUUGCCACAUAAGAGCAGGUUCCCUCCCGCGAAUCUAAAAGGACAAGAAGAUUCUUUGGAUAUUUUUCGAGCAAAGGACAAGGACAAAGCAUUCCUGGCCAGAGACUUUGAGAGCGACAUUAUUUACACUGAAGGACCAAAUGAUGCACAGAAAAUCUGGGAUAAAUCUCUACAAGUAUUGUCCCAAGAGGACAACCAAACACCUAAGUUGGGUGGCCUUCCAUGUGCAUGCAGCCAAGAAAUUAAAACUGCAGGAUCCCAGCAUCAGGAUCUCCUCAGUCAGCUGGCCACUCUGCUCAGUGACAGUGGCGGCCCCAUCCCAGCUGCAGAGGGCGCUGUGAAGGAGAGGAUCCAGGAUAUUGGUGCAAAUGAACAAGCGUGGAAAUCUUUGAACUCAGGACCUUGUCUUUUAAUUUCUGCAAAGGACAACUCCAUAGUAUGGAAUUCUCUGACAGACAAGCAUAAGUUCAAACAAUUAGAUACGUUAUUGAAUAUUCAGCGGGAUUUUCAGAUUGCUACAACACUGAGAUUGGAGGACAAAAUCCAGAAACUUCAGAAACAGCUUAGUGAUUUGAAAUUGUCAAAUAAAACUAUGAAAACUCAACUAUCAAGAGUAAACAUCCUGAAACUAACUGACUUUCGAGACACUAUUAUGAAGAUGCUGGGAUUCAACAUGAAGACAGCAGACAAAGAAAUCAUCAAUCAGCUAAAGCUUAUCAUACAAGUUUAUGAAAUAGCUAACGGAUCAAAGAUUGCUUCUGCAUGUGAGAAGGAAAAAGACAAUGAAUAAAGACAUUCUGCCUUUCACUUCUACCAAGAACCCAGCCAAUGCGGAUGUUUCCUGCAGCAUCUUAAAUACGGCCACAUUAUAAAUAAAAUGCACUGGAAAUUUUUCA